CUUAAAAAAAAAAACAAAAGAAAAAUUGCAUACAUACAUCAUUUUCUCACAAAUUAAAUAUCCAUAAGAUCCAUUCUUCAAUAUUCUUUUUCUUUUACAAAUAUUGAAAUAUAUAUCUUAUAGAGAGAGUUUGAGCUUAAAGCCUUGGCCUGCCUUUGGCUUAUUAUUCUCCCACCACCUUUCAAGAAAGUUCCGUACACCGUAUUACGCAUCUCUCUUCGUCUAUUGUCUAACACAAGUUUUUUCAGUGAAAAGAUCUGUUAAGAGAAUGAAAAUUUCCUUGUCGGCGAGCUGCAAGCAAGCUGCGGCGGAGCCGCCGCUAGUAAAUUUUCAAGGUUCAAACACACUCAAUUUGGAACCAUUUUUCCGGCGAAAAGACAAAGUAGUAUUCGUGAUGGGAGCUACCGGCUCCGGGAAAUCCCGGCUGGCAAUCGAUUUAGCUACCCGUUUCCCAGCUGAGAUUAUAAACUCCGACAAAAUCCAAGUCUACAAAGGACUCGAAAUUCUCACCAAUAAGGUCACCGAAAAAGAAUGUUGUGGGGUCCCACAUCACCUCCUCGGAAUCGCCGAUCCAAAUUCAAACUUCACGGCCGCCGACUUUCGCCGCCACGCCUCAUCGGCGAUUAACUCCAUCGUCGGAAAACGCCGCCUCCCUAUCGUCGCCGGCGGCUCCAACUCCUUCAUUGAAUCUCUUGUCGACGAUGAGCCUGAGUUUCGAUACCGUUAUGACUGUUGCUUCUUAUGGGUGGACGUGUCCUUACCGGUCCUCCACUCAUUCGUGUCGGAACGUGUCGAUCGGAUGUUGGACGACGGAUUAGUUAAUGAGGUACGGAAUUUGUUUGAUCCUAAAGGAAAUGACUAUGCGCGUGGGAUUCGACGCGCCAUUGGAGUGCCUGAACUCGAUGCAUUUCUACACGCUGAGAUGGAUUCAGCUAGUGAUGAUAAAACUCGAUCUCGAAUUCUUAAGGCUGCUAUUUUGAAGAUAAAAGAAAAUACGAGAAAAUUGGCAUGCCGUCAACGACAAAACAUUCACCGCCUCCAGAGCAAAUGGGGAUGGAAUCUCCACCGUAUUGACGCUACCGAAGUCUUCCUACAACUUGGCAAUGGAGAAUAUUCCAACCAUGUUUGGGAGACGCUCGUGGCGGAGCCAAGUUCUAUUAUCAUCGAUCAAUUUCUUUGUGAAAAUAGUUUCAAGCGCCAUUCAGUGAAAAUCGAACACACAGACAAAGUUUUCAAUGUAGUUUUUUGAAUAAUUUUUUGAAACCUAAGCUUGAAUGGUAUAACUCAUCUAGAUGAUGGCACGUAGCAACAACAGAAGAGGACUUCUUCUUGUAUCAUGUGAUGGAUUUUUAUUGGAGCAAUUAUUUGGAUGUAUCUUAAACUGCACUCAUAUUUAUGUAUUCUAAUCUAAUCAUGCAAAAAAGAAAAAAAAGAGUGUUAUUUACAAAUUAUGGUGGCACAACUAGAUAAAAUGCAUGAAAAUGAAUGUAGACUAAGUUGUACUCGAGUAUUUUUUGGUUUUAUUGCUAGAUUAAUUUUAUUAUUAAAAGUUAAAUAAAUUAAACGACAGGGUCUUGGAUUGUAGGUGGAAUCUGCACGUGCGGCUACUGCUGUAGUUUCUUUCCCACCUGUG